UGCAGGUAAAUGCUUAAACCAAAAAUAAACAAAAGGUGAGUGCCCCUAAGAAAAGGCAUUGAAGCUUAGAGAAGGCUAUGCAGAAGGAAACUAAAACUGAACUGGCUACAAAGUAAACAAAAACAGAAUGCUGGACGACAGCAAAGACUUACUGUGGGGCAUCCAAACAUGACAUGACAAUCAACAAAGUCCCCGCAAAGAAGGAUAAAAACAACUGAAAUAUUCUCGAUUCCUAAAACAAAGUAGAUGCGGGAAAUAUCGCUCAAAGGAAGACAUGAAACUGCUACAGGAAAAUACCAAAAAAAAAAGAGAAAAAGCCACCAAAUUAGGAGCGCAAGACAAGAACUAAAACACUACACACAGGAAAACAGCAAAAAACUCAAAAUAAGUCACGGCGUAAAGCGACAGGUGGUGACAGUACACCUACUUUGAGACAAGAGCUAUAGUGAUGCAUGCUUGGUUAUGCUUUAAAGUCAUAUCCAACUACUUUUUACUGUCAACCGAGUUUCGUUUUUUAAUGAUUUCUGCUGCUGAUAUUUUAAAUGCAAAACAUGUGCCUUGGCUCAAAAAAGGUUGAAAAACACUGUCUGUUAGUGAUGCCUUAACGAUGGUGAUGUGAUGGACCAGGCAGAAGCAGCCGAGCGCCGAUAAAAUCCACCACAUUCUUAUGUUUGUUAUUCAUACUUUAUAAGCAGUACAAAACCGCUUUCAAAGCAUGCAAAUGACUAAAGAGAAGUAAAAAAAGAAAAGAAAACAAGAAUGUAUGCUUUUGUUCGAUGCUUUCAUCGACGAUAUUUGCCACGCGUUGUCGAUGUCUAAUAUAGAAGAUUUGUGCCGUGGGAGAUGAUCUAAUUUCAACUAUUUGGGUUAAAAAUGUUUUUUGCAAACCAGUAAUUAUAGUCUGCAAAUGAUGUGUUGUUGUUGAGGGUUUGUGCUGUCUAAAGCUCGGCAGAGUAACCGUGUAAUACUCUUCCAUAUCAGUAGGUGGCAGCCGGUAGCUAAUUGCUUUGUAGAUGUCGGAAAAAGCGGUAGGCAGGGUGCAGGUAAAAAGGUGUCUAAUGUUUAAACCAAAAAUAAACAAAAGGUGAGUGCCCCUAAGAAAAGGCAUUAAAGCUUAGGGAAAGCUAUGCAGAACGAAACUAAAACUGAACUGGCUGCAAAGUAAACAAAAACAGAAUGCUGGACGACAGCAAAGACUUACUGUGGAGCGUCCAAACAUGACAUGACAAUCAACAAUGUGCCCACAAAGAAGGAUAAAAACAACUGAAAUAUUGUUGAUUGCUAAAACAAAGUAGAUGCGGGAAAUAUCACUCAAAGGAAGACAUGAAACUGCUACAAGAAAAUACCAAAAAAAAAGAGAAAAAGCCACCAAAAUAAGAGCACAAGACAAGAAGUAAAACACUACACACAGGAAAACAGCAAAAAAAACUCAAAAUAAGUCACGGCGUGAUGUGACAGGUGGUGACAGUACACCUACUUUGAGACAAGAGCUAUAUAGUGAUGUAUAUAGUUGGUUAUGCUUUAAAGUCAUACCCAACGACUUUUACUGUCAACCGAGUUUCGUGUUUUUAAUGAUUUCUGCUGCUGAUUUUUUCAAUGCAAAACAUGUGCCUUGGCUCAAAAAAGGUUGCAAAAACACUGUCUUAGAGCAACGUGAUGUCUGUUAGUGAUGCCUUAAUGAUGGUGAUGUGAUGGACCAGGCAGAAGCAGCCGAGCGCCGAUAAAAUCCACCACAUUCUUACGUUUGUUUUUCAUACUUUAUAAGCAGAAAAAAACCGCUUUCAAAUCGUGCAAAUGUAAAAAAAAAAAAAAGUAUGCUUUUUGUUCGAUGCUUCCAACGACGAUAUUUGCCACGGCGUUGUCGGUGUCCAACAUAGAAGACUUCCAGGCCGGAGCACCGAUCGGACUUUUGAGGAUGAGAAAGUCUCCGUGGUGCACACAAGUCAACACAAUGGCAGCCCAGGCCAGCCGUGCCGAGCUCGCGUCCUUGCCCUUGCAGAUACUGUAGAGGAGUUGGAAGACCUUAUAAUGCAAAAGAAGAUGAAAAUUCCCAAGAUGUCCAUCAGGAGUUCAGGAAAUUCAGUUGACAACAGUUUCGUAGAGGAAAGGAUGCCGCUCAGGCAUAAAAAGGCCCCAUCUCAGGACCGAGGACGCCCUGUGUCCAACUCCUCCAAAAGUUUGGCAGCCGUAGUAGCUCGCCUGGAGAGAAACGCGGCGAGCUCGUGCAUGGAGGGCGAAGAGGAUCUAGAUGAGGACCGACUGGCGGAGGAGGGAGAUGAUGCGGACGACGAAGAUGAAGAUAUGGAGGCAGAGCAUCACCAGCCGCCACAUCAGCAGCCGCAACAGCAGCACCUGGAGGUGAACUCGGACGUGGCCGCGGCGGUCGUUCCCCGCGUCCUGUACGAGGAGCUGGUCCUGAGCUACAGGCAGCAGGAGGAGGAGAUGUGCAGGCUGCAGCAGGACUUGGAGAGGACGCGUCGGCAGCUGCUGCAGCAGACCAAGAAGCUCAAAGAGUAUAGCAGCUUGCUGACGGAAGUCAAAGAGCUGAGGGACUUCAAUCGACGGCUGCAGGACGUUCUUCUCAUGAGGCUGGGCAGCGAGCCGAUGCACGACAAUGGGACUCAGACAAUCAAGGCUGAAGUGGUUGAACCCAUUGUUGAGGCCCAGGAAACCUUCCGAGAAGAAGCCAACACCAGUUCCAGCUACUCACCCUCUCCUAGAACAGUCUACACCUGCAACGAUGGCAAGGUACACCUCGGGGGCGGGAUCUGGGUGGAGGAGGAGAAGUGGCACCAGCUCCAGCGCACCCAGGGCGACUCCAAGUUCACAAAGAACCUGGCGGUCAUGAUCUGGGGCACGGAAACCCUGAAAAACCGCAGCGUCACCGGCGUGGCCACCAAAAAGAAGAAAGACGCCCUUCCCAAACCUCCGCUCUCACCGAGCAAGCUAAAAAUAGUCCGAGAGUGUCUCUAUGACCGAGUGUCCCAAGAGACCGCGGACAGUGCAGAGAUCACACAGAGAUUGUCCAAAGUGAACAAAUACAUUUGUGAGAAGAUCAUGGACAUCAACAAGUCCAUCAAGAACGAGGAGCGACGGGAGUCCAAGCUGCUUAUCAGACAGACAGUCAAGAUGGAGAACUUUACCUACGACGGCAUGUAAAGAUGUCACACCAGCGUCCUCCCCGUCACAUGGUCCGAGGUUACGGAUCAGGGUGCUCUGAGGCUGAUCAUCACAGUCUCUGCAUCUUUGACUCAUUUGAUCGGUUAUGACCCCCCCCUUUCAAGCCAACACCUUCCUCCAGUCUGCCUAUUCGGUUCCAGACAGCUUUACCCACCAACACAGUGUGAGUGUUUUGUUUCGGGUAAGCUUUACCACGGUAUCGGUACCAAGAUAUGUUGAAAAAGAUUGUGAAAUUCAUGUAUUGUUCUGUGUCAGAACAUUAUUCUGAGUCUUCUACGCUUUUAAAAAGUACAAGUUGAUUCCCCUGUAUCAAAGGAUUCCGACGCCGUAGACGUGUCAGAACCUUGUUUGCGGUUGGUACUGAGUUGAUCUUAAAGAAUUAAGUCUUAACUGCAGAGACACUGUUGCUGAAAGAGAUUGUAGUGGCCGUGACUUAGGAGUCAUUUUAUAGAAGCUUCUAAAGAGAGUUUAGUCGGAUUUGCACAAAAUUGUACUUAAACUGAUGUUUUUAAGGGUUACUUAGGGGGAAAUUACCUGAGUAGUACAUUCCCUAAAAAUAUCAGACAGUGGAACCUCCAAAGUGAAACAUCUGUGUCGGAGGUUGAUUUACAAGUUGUUCCGAUUCCAGAACGAAUUUUAGGAAAGAGCGUGACGUCAAUAAAUUACCGUAUUUUCCAGACUACGGAGCGCAAUUGUAUAUGAGUCGCACCAACUAAACUUUCAGCGGAAAACUAUUUUUUUUCCAUACAUUAGCCACACUGGACUAUAAGCCGCAGAUGUACCGUAUUUUUCGGAUUAUAAAUCGCAGUUUUUUUCAUAGUUUGGCCAGGGGUGCGAUUUAUACUCUGGAGCGAUUUAUGUGUGAAAGGAUUAACACAUUACCGUAAAAUAUCAAAUAAUAUUAUUUAUCUCAUUCACGUAAGAGACUAGACGUACCGAUAGAAGAGGAAGCGGCGCAUUGUCUACAUUUGGAGUUGGCAGAGUUGUUUAGAAGCGACACAGAGGAAUAUUUCAUGGGAUUUAGCGAUUAGGAGUGACAGAUUGUUUGGUAAACGUAUAGCAUGUUCUAUAUGUUAUAGUUAUUUGAAUGACUCUUACCAUAAUAUGUUACGUUAACAUACCAGGCACCUUCUCAGUUGGUUAUUUAUGCCUCAUAUAACGUACACUUAUUCAGCCUAUUGUUCACUAUUCUUUAUUUAUUUUAAAUUGCCUUUCAAAUGUCUAUUCUUGGUGUUUGCUUUUAUCAAAUACAUUUCCCCAAAAAAUGCGACUUAUACUCCAGUGCGACUUAUAUAUGUUUUUUUCCUUCUUUAUUAUGCAUUUUCGGCCGGUGCGACUUAUACUCCGGAGCCGGAGUCCGAAAAAUACGGUAUACGUUGUAAAAUUAGUUAUUUACACAGAAAAAUGUUGUAAUGGUUUAUUUACAUAACCUAAUUGUUUCUGAACGGUGCCUGUAACGCGGCAGUAAAACGGCAGAUCAAACAAAACAGAAAAGUCAUCAUCAUGGACAACACUGGCUGCGGAUGCUAGCUCUCCAAUCGGCUGAACAGACUCAAUAUUUACUGAAUUUACUGAGAAAUUUAUGAAAAUGAAACAGUACAAAAAGAAUGCCAUCGUAAGUUAAAAAUACAAACUUUUAUUUUUAUUAACUACCGUAUUUUUCGGACUAUAAGUCACAGUUUUUUUCAUAGUUUGGCCGGGGGUGCGACUUAUACUCAGGAGCGACUUAUGUGUGAAAUGAUUAACACAUUAGCGUAAAAUAUCAAAUAAUAUUAUUUAGCUCAUUCACGUAAGAGACUAGAUGUAUAAGAUUUCAUGGGAUUUAGCGAUUAGGAGUGACAGAUUGUUUGGUAAACGUAUAGCAUGUUCUAUAUGUUAUAGUUAUUUGAAUGACUCUUACCAUAAUAUGUUACGUUAACAUACCAGGCACGUUCUCAGUUGGUUAUUUAUGCCUCAUAUAACGUACACUUAUUCAGCCUGUUGU